AUGGAUGUAUUUGAAAGAACCGAACAAAAUUUUCAGCAUGUAUGCAACUCAAUCACAAGAAGAAUAAAACAGUUACCAAAUUAUGGAGGUGAAAAGAAAAAGAUCGCCGUUAGAGAAGUUGAAAAUGAUAUUGAUGAAGCUUUAAAAUUUAUUUCAGAAAUGGAAAAAUUAGCACAAAACCAUCCACAAAGAAUAAAGUUACAAACUAAAACAAAACAAUAUCAUUCUGAUAUUCAAAAAUAUAAAAGAGAAGUUCAAUUAGCACAGUUACAAUCUUCAAAUCAAACAAAUAGUAAUCCAUGGUCAAAUGCACCUGAUGAUUACCAAUCACAAUAUGAUAAUCAAAGACAACAUUUACUUCAAGGUAGUAAUAUGUUAGAUUCAACAUCUGAUAGAUUAUUAAGAACACAUCAAAUUUCAGCACAAAGUGAACAAAUUGGACAAAAUAUUUUAAUGGAUUUAGGUAAACAAGGUGAACAAAUUAGAGGUAUGAGGGAUAAAUUACAUGAAACUGAUGAUCAAAUUAAAUCAGCUAGAAAAAUUAUGACUGGAAUUGCCAGAAGGUUAGCAACAAACAAAGUUAUUUUAUCAAUUAUCAUUCUUUUAUUAAUGGGUAUCAUUGCUUUAAUCAUUUGUCUUAAAUGGUUAAGAUAA